UUUGAUGGUACCAAUCAUUUAUCAGAAGCCCAAUAAUGUUUAAUGCUAUUUUAAUGUCUGUUUCAGUCAUUUUGGUACCGUAGCUUGUGCUCAUUCAGACUGCAAUGCCAGAUACUGGUCUUGGAGAUGCUGUUGAUCAUGACAACAAUAGUGAUGACUGUGAUAAGUCCAACAAACAAACGUCAGCUCCAUCUGGCAAUGCUGAUGAUGUCAAGAAGACUGCAGAAAGAAAAAUUCUUCACUACCAUCUUUCCCUCACUCAAGGAUGUGGAAGCUCAAGCUGUCAAAAUGUCAAUUGUGUGUCAUCAGGAAAGAUGACACCUCUGCACAGUGAUGAAGCAGCUGUCAAAGCCCUUGAGCUGUUCUCCUCUCAUGCUCCCGAGUGUUUGGUCUUCACAAAAGACCAGGAGGAAUCCACAUCCUCUAAUGCUUCUAGAAAUCGUGUUGUAUCUUUUGCUGCUUCUCCAGAAACUGGCAGCAGCAGUGGAUCGUCAUCAUAUGGAUCUAAAAUAUCUCCUAGAACUUCAGUUGAUGCGCAACCUGACAACCCAUCUCAUGAUGAACUUGUUUUAAAAAAAGUAGCCAAACAAUCUAAGAAUAUAUAUGGAAUAAAGAAAGGAAAGAAGGAUGAGAAUGAAGCACAGGAAGGAGGUUUAAGCUAUGAGCUUCUUGUUUACACUAUGGAUCAGUGCAAAUCUCAGGGCAAUUUUGCUAAGCUCCGGAUGCUGUUGUGGGCAGUUUUUUCAAAUGAGAUUCCACUAAAAAAUAGCUUUCCUAAAAAAGUCCAUAAAAACUUAUCAGCAGACAUAAUUGAGCCUUGUUUAUUGGCUCAAGGAACCUCUGAGACUCAGCCAAUGAUCAUUGACUCAGAUUCUCAAUUGGGUGAUCAAUUUUCUUCCCUAAGAGAAGGAGAAGAAAUGGCUUCAGUUUGUGCAUCUCCUAUUGAGAUGAGCUCUAAAGAAAAAUUUCAAUCAAAUGAAAUUGAUCUUGACAAGGAUAUCGAUUCUACUGCUGAAAGUGAUUCAAUGUCCUGUGAUGACUCAAAUAAAUAUUUCCAAACUGAUAGCUUUGUGGAUAAAACUGAAUCUGAAAAUUUGGAUGAAUGCAUGCAAAUGGACACUAGUAAUGUAGCCUUAAGCAAUGAAGAUGUUGAUAGAAGUAGUAAUGCAAUGGAAGUCAAGCCCUCAUCUAGUAAAGAUAAUGAUGAUUCUAUGUCUGGUGAGGAAAAAGUUUCAAAAGUCCUAGGAUUGCCUAUUGUUGAAGAAACUUCAAUUAAGAAUUCUGCUAUUGGCUACACUGUGCUCAAAGAAACAUUUCCUGAAGCUUCUAUAGAUUUUGAAGAUCUACAUAAAUCAUAUGCGCUAUUGAAGUCUGUACCAGAAUGCGAGUAUGUUAGCACUUUACUAAAUGCUCAAAUAAGGUUGUUAAAAGAUCACUUUGCUAUCAAGUUCAAAGCAUCAAGAAGUGAGUUUCAACUGGAUCUCAAAAUAGUAGAUGUUUUAAUAAUUUUGUUAGAAAAUCCAUGUUUCAUACAUGAUAAUGACUACACGGAAUCAUUGUUGGAGCCCCUAUGCGAGUUCUUCACUCUGCUGGGAGAGAGGCAGAAAGCUAUUCUUGUUGUACACAUUGCAAAGAAUUGGAGCACUGAAAGAAUGGACUUGUUUGUUUCUGCCUUCCAUCACCUCAUUACCAUCAAGCUCAUCACUACUGAAUCUGGCAUUGGUGCUGAAUAUGAAAACACGCAGUAUGAGAAGACCAUCUGCAACGCCACCAAGUCCAUGCACUUGGUGUUCAUGGCAAGCAUCCUGGCUGGGGAGGUCGAGCUGCCGCUGCUCAGGGACAUGCUGCCCGUCACCUCAAAUUGCUCGUCUUCAUUGUUCUCCGGCAAUGAGGGAGACAAAACACCAUUUGUGCCUCCAUAUCCUGUCUUCGACCCUCUGAGCUCCCUGCUAGGCGUGCACCCCCUUGACUCGCUCAAGCCUGCCGUUCCUUUUGCUGAGUUCUAUGAUGAAUUUCUAAGCGAACAACUUGAGGUUGAUAAAGACUAUGCUUUCUACAAGUCUGGAGCUGAUAAAUUCAGCUUUCUCCAUCACCCCUACAUCCUCACUCCUGCCACUAAGGCUUUGGCGCUGUACUACGACAACCGCAUUCGCAUGUACUCAGAGCGGCGCAUGUCCGUCUUCCACAACAUCACCGACGGCCUUCCCUCCACGCCAUACCUCAGGCUGCGCGUGCGACGCGACCAGAUCAUCACGGACGCGCUGGUCGAGCUGGAGGUGGUGGCGAUGCAGAGCCCAGCUGACCUGCGCAAGCAGUUGGUGGUGGAGUUUGAGGGCGAGCAAGGCAUCGACGAGGGCGGCGUCAGCAAAGAGUUCUUCCAGCUCAUCACCGAGCAGCUUUUCUGCCCCGACUUUGGCAUGUUCUGCGUGCAGCCCGAGACUCAGCUGGUUUGGUUCAACCCCCGGUCGUUUGAAAGCGAAGCUCAGUUCUCACUAGUGGGCCUAGUGCUCGGCCUCGCUAUUUACAACAACGUUAUCUUGGACCUGCAUCUUCCUCCUGUGCUCUAUAAGAAACUCUGCGGCAAGCCCGGCACCUUCCAUGAUCUGCAACACCACAAUCCCGUGCGUUGGUGUUAUUAUUAUUAUUAUUAUUAUUAUUAUUAUUAUUAUUCCACGAAGACAUUGUCGUGGCGUCAAGAUGUUUUUGGUGAUGUCUUGUGGCACAACUUGAAAGAAGACGGUGAAAACAUCAUGGUUGGUCAACAUAAUAAACAUGAGUUCGUUUCAAUGUACAGCGCGUGGCUGCUGAAUGGCAUGGUGGAGGAACAGUUCCGUCCCUUCCUGCGUGGCUUCCUGAUGGUCACUGACGAAUCUCCGCUCACGAAACUCUUCCGUCCUGACGAACUUGAGCUUUUGCUCUGCGGCUCUCAGCGUUACGACUUCAGUCAGCUGGAGAAGAGCGCCGAGUACGACGGCUACAGCAGCACGACGCCCAUCAUCACGUGGUUCUGGGAGGUGGUGAACGGCAUGACGGCAGACGAGCAGAUGCAGCUGCUGCAGUUUGCCACGGGGUCGGCGAGGGCUCCGGUGGGGGGACUGGCGCACCUCAAGCUCGUCAUCGCCAGGCAUGGUCCUGACACUGACAGGUUGCCGACGGCUCACACGUGCUUCAACGUCCUCCUACUGCCCGAGUACGGCAGCAAAGAGAAGCUCAAGGACAGACUCAUGAAGGCCAUUAAAUACAGCCAAGGAUUUGGUAUGCUUUAAGCCACCGAACUUUUAGCCUCAAGUUUGCUAAUUAUGCUCUAUGUAUUAAAGCUGAAGUAUCCCGAUCGUUCCUGUUUAUAGAUAUCAAGAAUUUAGGAAAGAUAAAAAAUGAAUAAGAAGCGUGCAUCUUUGUGUAAUUUCUACUCUGGGA